GGGAGAGAGAGAGAGAGAGAGAGCGAAGUGUCCGACGCCGCUGCUCCGCCAUUCCGCGUUUGAGAGUAUUCCCGGUCUCACGUUAAUUUUAUCGGGCAUCAAUCUCAGAAGGACACCGGCUACAUUAGUAGCGGUAAAAAGUGCUCCGGAUAUUAUAUUAACAUUAACAAAAUACAUGUUUUGCGUCGCAACGUCGCAACGUCGCAGUGAAACGGCGGAAUUAAUGAAAAGGAAGUGUGUCUCGUAAAAACACGAGACUUUUCUUCCUUUCGCAAUUUGAGCGAUCCAGCGGCGAGAUUGGCAUCAUUCGCAAGUCACGAUCCUCAAAUAAAUCCCUGUCGCGAUCGCGCGCGGAUAUUCUUCAAUUUCCAAAUCUCUCCGCGACAGAAUCGAUCGCUCGAGAUUGCCGCGGAACUAUCGAUAAUCGAAAUCGUCGCAGGGCGACAUUUUCAGGCAGAGGGGAGAGGGGGAAGGGGCGGGGCGGGGGCCGCACAACUUUCGGCAGCUAUCUCUCGCUGCGUGCUGCAACGAGAUGCCUUUGAGAACGCUGACAGUCGGUAAGUUGGCAGCACUGUUGCGUUCCCGCGUUGCGUGCACACAUGUCCGCGGUGUGCGAGUGGUCGGUCGUUAAAAAUCUCGGGAGUUGGAGCAUAAGAAAGGUAAGAGUGUUGUGCACGUCGAGUGUGAAACGCGGCGGAGCACGACCCGAGCAGGAUGGACUGGACUUUGUCUGCGCCCAAGGAAAACUAUCCCUCGCCUCAGACCAGCGACGAUCGUCCCGACCAAGUGGCCAUGCCGGAAGCUCAGUGUGACGCCACGCAGCAACAGAUAAGCCAAAAGCGACGCAGAGGCAGGCCAUGGAAGUUCAAAAUGGGGACGGUCUGGUCCAUAGUGUGCGCCAUGAACUUGGGGCUGUUUUCCGAGUCGUCCCUGAAGGACGUCUCCUUCGUGAACAUCUGGGACGCCUUCAUGAGGAAGCAUUACGCCGCCGAGGACACCGACGCCGACGUCGAGGCGAGCGAUCGCGAGGACACGGACGAGGCAAGGUCCACAAGCAAUAACACCUCGGCCGCCUUCUGGCCCUUCCUGCAGGCGGCACGUAGCACCCUGAAGAAGACCGCUCGCAAGCGCGGUAAACGGAAGCGGAGCCGAUGGACGAUAAAACGGCAGAAGAAGCCGUUGGACGCGAUGGUCCCGCACCGUCGGAUCCACGACAGCCUGGCUCUCAAGUCCGCGACGAAGAGACGAGUCGUCGCCGCAGCUGCCUCCUCCGUGUCGCCGGUCAGCCGGAAGAUCCACAGCAUCGAGAGUCACGUCGGCUCCAACAGGCCAGCUGCGGGGCUGCCGGGUUACAGCUACUCGUUCAAGCAACUUCACGCUCGGCUAGCCGGCGCGGGCGGUGACAAGAUGGAGGAGCCUCGCGGCCGCUCGUCCGCGGCGUACCUCGCGGCGUCCAACGAGGACGACGCUCGCGCGACACCGAGGGAAUCAACUACCGAGACGCCGACCGAUCACUCCGCAUCGAGACAUGUGGCUGGAUCUCGGACGUCGCUUCGCGGCGCCCGAAAGUCCAAGCGAGACCUCAGCGACCCGUUGGAGUUCAACGAUUAUUACAGGAAAGUGACGCGCGUGAACGUCGACAUGGGGGACAUCUGGGAGGACACGUCGUCUAGCAGCGACGGGAACAACGAGGACGAGGACUACGUGGUCGACGACGACGACGACGACGACGACAACGACGACGACGAUGACAAAAACAAGGACAAAGACUACAAAGUUGCUGGUAGAUUCACGAGUCGCGUGAACCCGAAGGAGACCGAACUCGCGAACGGGAGCGUCUCGGGUCGCAAGGCUGCGAGCACGCACGACGAGAACGAAAGGCUACCGUCGCAGAAGAGGAAUCGCGAGCAGCUGCUGGAGAGUCUGAAGGAGCAGCCUGCGACUUCGCCGAAGAACGGCGAGAUCAUGACGCGCCGGCAAAAGCGCCGGCGACAGUCCGCGGCGAGCGACGAUAACGCCUCGCAAAUCACUCCCAUCGCCCAUCGGAGCAGUCGCCAGCGGAGUGUCGCGACGCAAGUCGCGGCGGUUCCAGAGGUCGACGGCAACGUGGAGAACGCGCGGAAACGCUGCGAAAGUCGCCGCUCCCACAACAGCGCUCCUACGUCGUGCUCGUGCAAGGAGAAUCUCAAGCACACCGCCACGGCGAUCAUGAAGGAUAUUCGCGCUCAUAUUGGCAACGAGGAUUCCGAUAAGGACACGGAGAACAACGUGGUGGAAGUCAUCGAAGUCAAGGUCGAGAGUCGCGACGUCUCCAUGAAAUACGAAUGGGAGGACGACUGGGACGACGACGACGACGACGCGACCGGCAACGAAGACAGCUCACGAAGGAGCUCAGACCGCUCGCAAUCACCGGCGAAACCCUUCUUGAAGACAUACGGCAACACAAGCCAGAAAGGCGGUAAGAAGAGACAACUGUGCAAGACGUCGAUCGACUACGAGCACGUCGAUCUCAAGGAAACGACUUAUCAGAGCGUUCUGCCGGAAUGCGUCGUUCUCGACGACUCUAGGCCGUCGACGCCGUCGUUGAAGAUAAACGUGGACAACGAGAUAAAGUGGGCCUCGGAAGACAGCGACAUCAGCGCGCUGAUCGUCUCGAUCGUGGACGAGGACGACGCUGCGGCCAACACGUCGACGACGGCGACGACUCCUGGCAAGACGGACGUUGACGACGACCCCGCCGACGGCAGAGCGCGCCAAGAGCGAAACGCGCUGAUGGCGAGCGCAUGCUACGUGUAUCGCGAGACGCCACCGGACAUCCUCGUCGAGGCUGCUGCUUCCAUCAGUGUCAUGAGAGCUCCUCGCGCGAAAUUCGCGAAUCGCCGCGCCGACACGAAGGACGUGAUCACGUAUGGAAAUCGGAACAGGAGUAACGGGAAAUCGUCGUUGCCGGAGCGCAGCUUCUGCCGACAGAAGAGCCAAGAUCCUGCCAAGAUUGAGGUGAAGAGCUUAAAUAAUAGCAACAAGGACGACGAAACAGACAGCGAGAAUGAGAAGAAAUACACGCUGCGAAGAAGAUUAACGAGGUCUUCGUUAAAUACUACCAAGGAGAAUAACGUCGGCAAACUAAUAUGGGGAAACUGUUCGGGGUGGUGGCCAGCGCUGAUCGUCGAAGCUGAACAAGUAGGAAUGGCAGCUGAACCCGGCAAGGAGUGGGUCUACUGGAUCGGGGAAUCGCAAAUAUCAUUGCUGAAUGAGAAAACCCAGAUAGAACCGUUUUCCAGGAAGCUGGAGGAACGAUUGACGCAAAAGUUUCGUAAAAAUAAUAUUCGAUCGCAAGCCAUUGACGAUACAAUAAAGAUGCUACGCCAACGUUACGAGUCCACUCUGACUAAGCCGUAUUAUUAUUGGAUACAACGGAAUAUCAGAGAGGAGGAACUGGACAACUUGUAUUUUUACCCGUAUCCCACGAAGAUACAAGGAAGAUUGGACGCUCUGAAGGCAAAGAACGCCAAAGCUACCGAGCAGUAUAUAUUAAAUCAGAGAAGCGGUUCGCCGGAACCGAAGAAACAAGCCGAAAAGACCGAAAAAACCAAAGACACAAAAGCCGUGAAACAAAUGGAGGAGGAGCGUUUACCAUUGCGAGAACAAAUACCUGGUGUUAUAACCUGGGCGAAGAUCACGGGGCACAACUGGUGGCCAGCGAUGGUCAUCGAUUAUCGCGAUUGCUGCUUGAAGGAACCAGGUUUCGGUUGUCAGUGGAUUAUGUGGUACGGCGACUACACGGUUUCGCAGGUACAUCACUUAGCAUUUUUGAAAUUUCACAAGGGAAUCGAAAAGUUGCGCGAAUACAUCGAGAACACGAAAAAGCAUGUGUAUCUUAUGGGCGUGUUGCAAGCCUCGAAGGAUUAUUGCGCGCGUUUGGGAUGCAACACGGAUAACUGGAGUUUAGAUAAUGUCUUUAAGUAUUUCUCGGAUAUGAAUAAUAUACACGUAGCAUAUAACCAUUUACAAGUUUCAGAGUCAAACAAAGUAUACGAUAAGUAUUCCAACGAGAUAAUAAAAAAGAUAAAUGAAUUAAAAUCCAAUCCAAAUGUAGAUUCGCAGCGCAAGGAAGACAUUAAGCAGAGUGAUGCUUUGCAACGUAUAAGGCAAGGGCAAUCCAAACUGACAGAAUUAUGCUUAAAGUGCUUAAAGUUGCCGAAGGAUGUAAUGGAGGAUCAUCCAUUCUUCGAAGGAUCUCUGUGUAAAGAAUGUUCGGACCUCUUUAAGCCAUGUAUGUUCGUAUUCGGGAACGACGACAAGUGCUUUUACUGCACAGUUUGCGCUGCCACUGGGACCGUGGUUAUCUGCGACCGAGAGGAUUGUCCCAGAGUCUUUUGCACAGCCUGCCUGAAAUAUCUGCUGUGUCCGAAAGUAUACGACAAGAUGCUGUUGGAGGAUCCGUGGGAAUGCUUUCUCUGUAGAGACAAGUCCACAUUGCCUACGGAGGGGCUGUUGCGUCCACGAGCCGAUUGGAAGGAGAAAUUCCUCGGCAUGUUCCAUACAACUUCGGAUCCUGUGUUUAAUAGCACAAAUGUUGUAAAUAAUAACGGAGAGAAAAGAGGCGUACGUGUGUUGUCACUCUUCGAUGGUUUGAGCACAGGUCUGGUAGUGCUUCUGAAACUGGGGAUCAUCGUAGACGUCUAUUACGCAAGUGAGAUCGAUCAAAAUGCUCUAACGAUCAGUUCCGCUCACUUUGGCGAUCGUAUUACUUACUUAGGUGACGUGCGAAACAUAACGAAGGAGAAGGUCAAGGAGAUCAUGCCGAUCGACCUGUUGAUCGGCGGCUCGCCGUGCAACGACCUCAGUCUGGUCAAUCCGGCACGACUGGGUCUUCACAACCCCAAGGGGACCGGCAUAUUGUUCUUUGAGUACAUUCGGAUUUUGAAGCAAUUGAAAAAGAGCAACAAGGGCCAUCACCUAUUCUGGUUGUACGAGAACGUCGCCUCCAUGCCGACCGAGUACAGAUUGGAAAUGAACAAGCACUUGGGACAGGAACCGAUGGUGAUAGACUCUGCUGACUUCUCGCCCCAGCACAGGCUGAGGCUUUAUUGGCACAAUCUGCCCCACGACCCGUAUUUCCCCCAGUCUCAGAGGCAAGUGGAUGUUCAGGAUAUACUCACACCGAAUUGUAACCGUUACGCGCUCGUGAAGAAAAUUCGAACAGUGACGACUAGAUCGAAUUCGUUGAGACAAGGCAAAGCAGAACUGAAGCCGAUCAUGAUGAAAGGCACCAGUGACACCCUGUGGAUCACCGAGCUCGAGGAGAUCUUUGGUUUCCCGCGACACUACACAGACGUGAAAAACUUAUCGGCCACGAAUCGACAAAGAUUGAUCGGCAAGUCCUGGAGUGUGCAAACACUCGCCGCCAUAUUGCGACCACUGUGUUCCUGCUUUAAGUGCAAUGAAGAAACAAACGAAAACACCCAAUCUGACUCGCGGUGAGGGAAGUGGUAUUCCCUAUCUUGUUGCGGUGGAUGAGUUUGUAGUGAAUUUUUUAAAAUUUGUAAACUUAGGACUAAAUUUUCGAGCAAAUGUUUUCAUUUUGUGCUAUUCUUAAGAAGAAAACGCACACAUGGGUGUAGAAAUUAAGUGUAUUGUAUAAGUACAGAGAAUCAUCCCUUUAUUAUCGCUCGUGUAAUACACACUUCGACACUGUGGGUGAUUCUCUCAAUUGAUUUGACAAUGAUUACGCGCAAGAACGUCCGUGUUUUUGUACGAUCGCUCUUGUACACAGUUACGAUUUGUACACAAAAAUUUGCACUUUUGGUUAUGACGAUCGGUAACAUCGACGCUCCGUCCGGUGCAUCCACAGGUCGUGUUUCAGAAUUCACUGCCAGCGCUGAGAAGUUUACAGUUUGCAUGAUCCAAACUAUAUAUUUCCAGUACUGGCAAUGAAUUUUGGAACACGGCCCAUAUUGUGAGAAGAUUAAGGCGUUUCCUUUCGGACUCAAGUAGUUGAUUCCGCCAGUGAUAGAUAGCCAGUGAGAAGAUAGAUACGUUGCUACAUAGUGGAGGAGCAACUUGUUCGGUAUUAAGUGUAAGCAUACCGGACGAUAUCAAUACAACCGAUCGCACAUCAGACGUCAUAUAUGUGUUUUAAUGUUUAUUAUUAUUAUUCUCAUGAUUUCUGAUGAUUGUAUAAUUUCUUAAUCAUUUCCUAACCAAAUACAUGAGUUUUUCAUGAGUUACGCAAUAAUCAUAGCAAGAAUUAUAUUAUCAUAAUAAUCACACACGACAUUCUCAUGAUAAUUAAAAUCAUUACGAUUAUAUUAUCACCUCACAAUUAUUAUGCGUAUAAUUCAUAAUCUGUUAUUUAUUAAAAUACAAUUUAUAU